GAUCCUGGUGAUGCAGCCCAACAGGAAGCAAAGCAAAGGGAAACCGAAAUGAGAAACAGUAUCUUAGCCCAAGUUCUGGAUCAGUCAGCCCGGGCCAGGUUAAGUAACUUAGCACUUGUGAAGCCUGAAAAAACAAAAGCAGUGGAGAACUACCUUAUACAGAUGGCGCGGUACGGACAGCUAAGCGGGAAGGUGUCUGAACAAGGUUUAAUAGAAAUACUUGAGAAAGUCAGCCAACAGACAGAAAAGAAAACAACAGUUAAAUUCAACAGAAGAAAAGUGAUGGACUCCGAUGAAGAUGACGAUUACUAAGAGGAGAUGCUUAAACAGACUUUCGGAGCAGUGUCUAGGGCAAUUACAACCUUUCAAUGUUUACUUUGUUUAUUAUCUAUAUGUGUCUUUUAAAAAAAUAAACUUGUUACUCAAACUAAAGCAGUUUGGGUGUUUCAGAACCACAGGCAACUCACAAGAAGAUACUGUUUUGGGUGAUCGUUUGCUUCCUCCCGAAAGCUUUCAAAUGGUGACAGUCAGUGCAAGUUAUCCAUUGCAACUGGACAUUAACAUGAGGCGGAGGACUAGAAGCUGUGCCAGCAGGCCUCAGCGCCAGAGACAUCGAGGGAACGAAAACCCUGGGCAACCGAGUCAGCUUUCAGAUCUGAGCACAUCCAGCAUUCUUCAGGCAGAACUUGCAAAAGCAAGGACAUGUCCUUUCCCUGCAGAUAGCAUUUCAAAUUCCCAGCUUUUGAUUUAAUUACUUUUCAGAAGCCUUGAGUUUCCAUUAUACAACAAAUACCACUCUGAUCCAAAACAACUGGAGUGUUACUUUCUCAAAGUAACUAGGACAUCCUUCAGGAACUGUUGAACAGAGACGUUUACAAGAGGAGUAGGCUGGACUGAUGGUUGACUACCAACGAGCACAGGACACAAGUUCUCUAUCAGCACCGCGUUGGGCAGCUGACGACAGCCUGUACCUCCAGCUCCAGGGGAUCAGACACCCCCUGGCCCUAGAAGCCUCCGCAUGGAAUCCUUACAAGCACACACAUAUACCUGAUAAAAAUAAAUUCUAAAAAAUGCAAAUAACUGAAUUGUCAGUUUGUGUUCAGGAUUGCACCGUCAGAGUUGGAAUCUGCUGAAGGGUUUUGUAGGUGGUUUUGUGGAAUAUAUAUUGGGUUUGCUGUCACUCUUCUGUCUAAAGCUGGUCUCAACUCUGCCUUUAGCCGAGGAUGGCCUCAGGCUCAUGAUCUUCCUGCUUCCACAACUGUAGUGCUGACAGGACAUACGUGUACCACCACACCUGGUCUGUGUGGUGCUGGGACUUGGACACAGAACUUCACGAGUGCUAAAUGAACAAUGCUAACUGAGGCACAGCCUUAAAUUUGCUUUGUGACUCAUGAAAUGCUUGAAAAAUAACCAACAUGUAUCUGCAAAUUUUGUUACAUGUUUCAUUAAAGUCACCAGUCCUAAUGGCUGAGGUGUAUUGGA